GAGAAGGUGGAAAUGCGCAUGUCUGCGCAGCUCGAGCGCCGGGUUGAUCCACUUCAAGCGCGUGUUGUAAAGCGGAAACAACGGACUGAAACAGAACAUGAUGCUUUCGAUUCUAACCCAUUAAUAAUCCAAACAAAAACGCGAGUUUGUCGUCGUCUUGGAGCUUCACAAAAUAACGGGGACGCUUGAAUUACACCGUGUAUAAUGAACCUCUACGUGGGAUACAUCUUUACACAACCAGCCAACGCCAGCCGUUUUCGAUUUUCAAACGUAAACAUCCGCCGAGCAGUUGCCGUCCAUGUGUGAGCAGCAACUUCACUAUGCGACCCAUGUUUAGGAUGAGUGUUUCGGUCCAAAACAGAGGACAUGCCAUUCCCAGCUAAUGGUCGGUUAUAAUACGACUUCAGUUGAUUUUAUUUUAACACCAAGUGGUUUGCAAAGACGUCAGCGUUAUUAAAGGUGCGAAUGGGUUAGCACGCGAGCUAACUUGGCUACGACAGCUGUUUGUUUGUGUAACUACAGACUCAACUAUGUCGUUUGACAGCACAAAUAAUACGACAGAUAAUAUAUAGUCCAUUUCAGCAAACAAAGGCGACAGUUUCACAAGCGGACAUCCUUAUUAUGGGUCUAUUGCACUUUGUUUUUAGUUCAAUUGGAAAAUGCAUAGAAGUCAUUUGCCUCCUCCUGGAUUUAAAUUUUGUGAUUGUCAGCUCAAUAAUUCAGCUGUUGGUGGCAGUGAUCUCCUUUAUCAAUAGUCUGCCCAUGCUACUCACAACUUCAUUGUCAGAGUGCUGGAAUCUCGCUCUGCUUUGCAUCAUCACCAUGAGGGACGGAGUGACCGUCGUGACCCAUAACAUGGUCGGAGGCUGGAUGCAGCUGCUGGGAGGCAUCCUGGAAAGCUUCAAGAUGAUCGGAUACCUGUCUUCGCAUGUAUUGCUCCGCACCAAAGAGCUUCUCCACCGUGGACUGUUGUCGGGACACGGUUUGCUGCGACAGGCCUGGGAAGGCUGUGGAAUUGUGUUCAGCUUGCUGCUGUAUUUCAUCAACACGAUCAUCAACUUGCUGCUCAUAGGCACGCAGAAUUUAUACUCUGUGGUGGUCAGCACGGUGGAAGCGGUGUCCUGCCCUUUGCAGAAAGCACUUGAGCUGACUUUGACGGUGCUUACGUUUCUUUACAGCAGUCUUGUCGGCACCUCCAUCCUGCUGUGGACGCCAUGCAGACUGGCGAUGGAGUUCCUGGGAUCCGUGUGCCAUGUAUUUGUGAGCAUUUUCCUGCUCAACUCUUACGGGCUGCUGCUCACGUUGAUCAUAAUUGCGAGUGCCACCGUAUAUCUAAACCCCGCGCUCCCACGACUUGUAAUCAACUACAUCAACGCUGUUCCCAUCCUACGGCGUCUCCGGAGGGCUCUACACCGCCUCUGUGUGCUCGAGAGGAACGUGUGGCAGCGAUUGGCCUGGCAUCGCAGCCAGAUAAUGGUUCCUGCGAGGAUGGAAGUGGCAGAGAGGGAUGUUAGACAGCCUGAUCCCAACCCUGAGCCUCAAGUUGACCUAAAUGUGCCGGAAAUCGUGCCUGAGGACGCCAACCAAGUGGACGACCCUAUAAACCUGCCGCUUCCCAGUUCCAGCACUCACAGGCCACUCCGGAAGUUUCCUUCGGAGGACAGUUGCAAAGGCCCUCCAGCUGACAACCUGCUGACUCUUCUGCAGGAGCAAGAAGAGAGGAAGAAGUGCGUGAUCUGUCAGGACAGCACCAAGACUGUCGUGCUCCUGCCGUGCCGUCACUUGUGCUUGUGUAGAGACUGCACCGACAUUUUGCUCAGCCAGCCUAUCUACCAACAAAACUGCCCCCUGUGCCGCCACAUGAUCCUUCAGACCAUGGACGUGUAUCUCUGAGGGAAGCGUUUACGGAUGUGUUUCUGUCAUCCUCAGGUUUUUUGAGCAGCACUGUUCUUGAAAUGUGGGAAACCACUUGUUCCUUUUUCAUAGAUGUUCAUUCCAUUACUGUUGCUUGUAUAUAGAUUUAAAUCACAACCUUUUAUAAAUUGUGAUUGUGAGGCUGAUGACUCCGCUUUCUUAUGAUUUUAUAUUCAUUGUAACUUUUUUCAUCAGCUUGUAGAAGAUAGAACACUAUUUUUCUCAUACAGCAAUAUCACAUGAAUGUAAGCUUUGUAUUAAAAACAUAAAAAAUGGGGUGUUAAUUGUGAAGAUCAAAGAUUUAUAAUUGUCAAGUGUUUAUGGGGAACAUUUGUAUGCUACAAUACUAACGUUGGGCCUUAUAGUAUGAAUUUAUUGUCUACUUGAUUUUCUUGCCUGACUGUAAAAGUGAUCAAAGGUUUUGUGGGAACUUUUGAAACCUCACAAUAAUCAAAAGUAAUUCACAUGACUUCAGUCCAGCAAUUGGUGUUUUGUGAAGUGUAAAGCUGUGAGACGUUUUUAAUUCCAUUCCAAAAGUGUCUUUCUCCAGUGAAAAAGUCAACUCGUCUGAAUCAGGAGAGAAAUGGCACAGAUUAAGAAAUGUUUACAAGCAAAAACAUUUCUAAACAAAUAUGUCGGUGUAUUUUGAUGCAAGAGGACAUGGGAUGGACUUUUUCACUGGAGGAAGUGUUAAUAUAGCCAGAAAUGCUAGUUUAAAGUUCAAAUGUUUCUUACAAACAUGCAGCUUUUCAAUGUUAAUUGAUGGAUUGAAGUCUUGUCGAUUGCUUGUGGGUUAUUGUGAUGUUUAUGAGGAAUAUUUGUAUACUACAACUAAUGUUCGGCCUUAGUAUGAUUUGUUGUCUGCUUAAUUUUUUGCCUGACUGUAAAGGUGAUCAAAGGUUUCAUGGGAGCAUCUACAACAUCGUAUUUUUUUGUGAAAAAUUUGUCUUGCUUUGCAUACUUUUUAAUCAUUCCACCAAAGCCGUUUUGCACUAUUUUUAAAUGCAAGUGUCACUACGAUAUUUUCAGAAGCCAUUCUACAAUCUGAUGAUGUAGUCAUGCUGUUUUUGUCAUUUAUUAUUGAACAGCAUUAAGGCUCGCUCACUGCUCAAGUGGUAUUGAUUAAUGCAUUUUCAAAAUCGAAAUUUUGUGCUUUUUUGUUUUGAGAGACGGUAAUUCAAUUCAGUUACCGGUAAAAACAGAGUGGCAGAAAGGCUUUUAGCUCAGCUUUGACCAGGGGAUGAUGUUAGAAAUCACUAUUUUGGAAAACAUCUUAUGCAUUAGAGAAACAAGGUCGUACAGGCUUUUCUGGUUUAUGUCAAUUAUUUUGGUUUUACAUGAUGUUUCAAAACCCAUUCAGAAAGGCACAAUGCGCAAGACAAUCAGGUGCAUUUAAUAGAAAAAAAGCAUUUGCAAGGUCCAUGCAAGCUUAAAAAUGACUCCCUAAUUAUUUCUGUCACUCUCAAUUCAGCACAAUGCAGCUGACAAGCACUAACCCAUGGUUUAUCAUUGUAAUUUUAAGGUUUUUAAACAAGCUGUGAUUUCAUUCCAUAUUAAGCCCCAAGCCUUUUGUAUUCUCGUACCGCAGAUGUUUGUUUUCUUUGAAGGUCUCCAGUGCUGAUGUUUGUGGGUAGAACAGAUGUCUGUCUCUCCAGAGGCCUGGAUAAUAUCAAAACCACAUUCACUGACUAUCCAAAUUAACAAUAAACAGUAUUUGACUGCG